AUGGCUACCCCCAGUGUCCUUACCUUUGAUACUGAGGGUCGUGCUGUUGACUUUGAGGUCUGGGUCGAUGACCUCCAGCUGUUCUUACAGUGCGAUAGGGCAGACGGACUCUCUCUGUUCGAUCUCACCUCUAGUGUCUCUCCUGCCCCGCCUGCUACUGCUGACAGCACUGUUCGCUCACAGUGGGCCACGCGCGAUGCUGCUGCACGUCUUGCUGUGCGUCGCCACUUACCGACCACUGAGCGUGUGCAAUUUAGCCAGUACAAGAGUGCUAAGACCUUGUACGACGCUCUAGUUGCACGCUACUCUUCCGCUGCCACUACUGCGCUUAGCCGCCUCAUGCUGCCGUACCUGUUCUCUGACCUUGCUGCCUUUCCCACAGUCGCUGACCUCAUUACGCACCUUCGCACUAGUGACACUCGCUACCGCGCUGCGCAUCCUGCUGAAUUCUGUGCCAAGAACCCCCCCCCCAUGUACAUCACCCUCUACUACAUAGUCACCCGGCUCCCUGACUCCCUUCGCUUAGUCAGGGACCACUUCCUCUUAGUUUGCCCCACCACACUCACCGUUGACCUCCUCGAGGAGCGCCUCCUAGCAGCAGAGAAGAGCAUAGUCGCUGUAGGAGCCUCUCGUGGUGACCCUCGCACCCCUGUCUUUGAGGGGUGUUCUCCCUCCCCCCUCUUGCCCUCUGUUGCUCCUGCUGCUGCGGCCGACCUCGUUGGCUUCGAGUCGGUCGGCGCUGCGUCUGUCCCUAGCGAGAAGUGCCGCACCGGCAAGGGCAAGGGGGGCAAGGGCGCAGGGGGGGCCAGUGGGGGCGGUGGAGGUGGUGGUGGAGGCAGUGGAGGGGGUGGGGGUGGUGGUGGGAGUGGUGGCGGGGGUGGAGGUGUCGGUGGCAGCAGUGGAGGCGGAGGAGGCGGCGGUGGUGGCGGAGGGAGCGGAGGCGGCGGCGGUGGCGGAGGCGGCGGAGGUGGCGGAGGCGACGGAGGUGGCGGCGACUGUGCUGGUGAGCAGUGCGGGGGCACGCACUCCACCCAGCGCUGCUUCGGCCGCAUGACGGACGCUUGGCGUCAUCAGUUCCCUGACGCCACUGAGAUCCCUCGCUGGGGAGAGCUGUCUAGGGCUGGGGCAGCUAUCUUUGAUCUUGACUAUGAUGCUAUUCUUGCUGCCAUGCAUGCUGUGUCUACUGACGAUGAGGGUGACUGUUACCUGUGUGUUCCGCCUGACCCGGGCAUUGAGGCUGCUGCUCUAGGUGCUGGUGAGACUGCUGCUCCAGGUGCUAGUGCGUCUGCUGCCCCAGGUGCUGGUGAGUCUGCUCUCUCAGACCGCACCACGCUUACGCCACUUAGUCGGCCGGUUGCGGUCUCCCUGGCGGACCCCUCUGGAGGUCUUGUCCUUGCUAGCUUCUCCACUGUCUUACUGUGUUCGGCAGCCCCCUCUGGCACCCUUUCUGGUCUCUACCUCCCCUUGUUCUCUACGAACUUGGUGAGUGGAGCUGAUCUACAGGAUCGGGGGGUUGACCAGUUCACACCUGCGCGUCAGCGGGUGACCCACUGUACGUGUGCUCAAACGGGCCGACACUUGGCCACGUUUACCCGUCAGCCGGGGUCGAGCCCGUACACACUGACAACUGAGUCUCCUCUUGUUACUGCGUCUGGUCAGGUAGCUGCGUCGAGUCAAGUAUUUGCUGCAGCGUCCAGGGGCCGGCCCCUACCUGCGUCCCCUGCGUCGAGGGGCGGCAGCGCGCCGCUCCUCACUCCUCCGAGUUUCCUCCGACAUAGGCUCCCCUGCAGCCUCUUCACAUGGACGUGUGGGGCCCCGCCCGCGUCCGUGGCCAGGGUCACGAGCACCUUCACGCUUGCGGCCUCUCCACAGCAAAAUGGGAUUGCUGAGCGCCGCAUUGGCAUGGUCAUGGACGUCGCUCGUACGUCCAUGAUCCAUGCGGCUGCUCCCCAUUUUCUGUGGCCGUUUGCGGUUCAGUACGCGGCGCAUCAGCUCAAUCUUCAGCCCCGGGUCUCCUUACCAGAGACCUCCCCCACCUUGAGGUGGACGGGGAAGGUUGGCGAUGCGUCUGCGUUUCGGGUCUGGGGAUCUCGGGCGUUUGUCCGCGACUUGUAUGCGGACAAGCUGUCCCCCCGUGCUGUUCCCUACGACGUCACCUUUGACGAGUCGGUGCCUUACUACCGUCUCUUCCCCUGCCGCACUGCGCCCCUCCCCCCGCCGCUGCUCUUCCUUGCGCCAGGUCCUCCCCCGGUAGACCCCCUCCCCCCUCAGGGUCCUGCUCCGUCUGGUGUGUCCCAGGUAGACGCUGUUGAGACUGUCGAGGUAGCUGUUGACUCUGGUGCUGCUAGGGGCGCUGUGCCUGCGGGUGCCGGUUCUGGGGGUGCGGAGCCUGGGGGUAAUGAGCCUGGGGGUGCUGAGUCUGGGGGUGCUGAGCCUAGGGGUGCUGAGCCUGGGGGUGCGGAGCCUGGGGGUGCUGAGCCUGGGGGUGCGGAGCGUGGGAGUGCUGAGCCUGGGGGUGCGGAGCCUGGGGGUGCUGGCCGUGCUGCUGGAGCUGGAGGUACUACUGUUGCUGCUGGUCCGGUAGGUGCUCGUCCUGGCGGUUCUGGAGCUGCUGGGACUGGGAGUCCUGCUGGAGGUGCUACUGGAGCUACGGGAGCUGCUGGCGGUACUUCAGCUGACGGUCCUACUGGAGUUGGUGCUGCUGGAGCUGCUGGAGCUGGAGCUGCUUGGGGUGUUAGCGCUGGUGGUUUUGCUGGCGCUGGUGCUUCUGAGGGUGCUGGAGUUGGCGUUGUUGGAGCUGGAGGUGCUGCUGGUGCUGGUGCUACCGCUGGAGGUACUGGUGCUGUCCCUACUGCGUCGUGA